UCGCCUCUCCGACGCUUUUUCGCGUGCUUUGUCUCCCCUUGUUCUCCCCUCCUUUGCCAUCUAGACGACUGCACUGCGACUGAACGAAGUACGAGCCGCACCCCCUGAAGUGGACCGUUGGAGAGCGCCCAUCGUCGUGGCCUGGGCGGGUCCAUUGUAGGUACUUGUAAAGUCUACUUCCGCGGGAAACACCAGCCAGCCGGAGGCGUCUCUCGUUCCCCCUCUCCUUUCCACACCCUUAUCCUCUCCCAGUGUCCUGGAUCUGGUCGCAGUUUUGUUUCUACAGGCCUAGGAACAUGAUGAUUGCGACAUCCCCAGGGCUUUAACAACCAGCGACUCUCCAGCAAUGAGUCUCGAUCAACUGUCGAGUGUGUUAGGGUCCCGCCAUGACGAGGGUCAGAGUCUCUUGCCCCGGGUGGCAUAUACCAAAGGGGGUCCUACCAUGAAUAUCGACCCUCUGCCCAGCGCGCACCGCAAUGGCCUGAUUGCCGUCUUCAUCAUGGCCAUCCUUUCUUUUAUUGCGACCCUUGUUCUGAUAUCGUUCAUUACAUUCCGAUUGGUAUUCUGGCGCAGCAACUAUCGACGUUAUAUCGGUUACAACCAAUAUAUCAUCCUUAUCUAUAAUCUGGUGCUGGCCGAUUUGCAACAAUCACUUGCUUUCCUCAUCUGUCUCAAAUGGAUCGUUUCAAACAAGAUCGAAGCCUCCUCAGCAGCCUGCUUUCUCCAGGGCUUCUGGCUCCAGAUCGGCGAUCCGUCCAGCGGAUUGUUUGUGCUCGCUAUCGCGAUCCACACAUUCUUCCUAGUGACCAUGGGCCGCAAGAUCAGCCACCGGAUGUUCGUUAUCAGUGUCGUCAGCACCUGGGUGUUUGUUGCCAUUCUGGUUAUCAUUCCAAUUGGGCUAUAUGGGCGGUCGGUAUUCAUUCCAUCGGGUGCCUGGUGCUGGAUUAACGAGGAAUACGAGCCGAUUCGUCUGUGGACGCACUAUCUUUGGAUUUUCCUAGCAGAGUUCGGAACCGUCUGCCUGUACGCUGUCAUGUGGUUUCAAUUGCGUCGUCGGAUCAAACAGUCUGCGAUUCUCGGACACAGCCACACGGAGAGCCUGAAGCGCCUCCGUCGAGUUAUCGGAUACAUGGUCAUCUAUCCGAUCGCGUAUAUCGUCUUGUCUCUACCCCUAGCCGCGGGGCGCAUGGCCACCGCGCAAGGGAAGACGCCGAGCCUGGUGUAUUUCUGCAUCGCUGGCGCCCUGAUCACAAGCUCAGGCUUGGUCGACGUGCUCCUGUACACGCUCACCCGGCGAAACCUCAUCCUGGAAUCGGAGCCCAGCGACGACCGGAGCUACAACCAGUUCCCCAGCACACGGACCCGCAAGACAGACCAUUUCGCGACAUUCACCGCCGACCCCAGCUACAACCGCACGGAGAUCAGUGCGCUGCGCACGGUCCGCGGCGAAGAGCUGGACGAUACAGGAAUGCGGGAUGGCUCGACGGACAACAUCGUCCAACCCGGCAGCAUCGAGAUGACUCCGAUGGGGAAAGUGUACCAGCACACGACCAUCGAGAUCACCAGCGAACCCGCAUAUCCUUCGCAGGGAGAGCGGGAUUCCCAAUCGAGCAGAGAUUCCCCGGGGGCUGCGGCCGGCCACGAGCCGCCAUUCCGAAUAUGGCGGAAAUGAUUGCGACGCAUGUUACCGCGACGUUUCCUUCUCUUCU